AUGGCAAGCAAAUACGCAUUGAAGACCAAAAACUGUCUGGGUGACAAAUGUCACAGCAAUUCUACGGGCCCAUCCUAUAUCAAAAAGACUGACACAGAGGGCUGGCAUCUGGUGGCGACCCAAGAACUGGGACGCUUGAAAUGGGUUUAUAUGAACGACAAGGAGGAGCGCAAGGCUCAUCCCCAAGAUGAUACCACCAAGUUCUUUCUGGAUAUUCCCAUAGGCAAGCCUAACUCAGGACCUGCAAAAACGGCCUCCGAGGCCAUCCACAAGGGCACCCAAUUCCACAUCAAAACGCAGGUGCGUGACCUGGGAUGCUGGGCCGCCGACCUGAGCUGUAUCUUUUUUGUGACCCCAAUGCUGGUCAUGGCCUGGUAUAUUACUGGUGCUCAGAUCGAUGAAGCCUACGUGAUUGAAUUGAUUCGCUUUAUGUUCAACUGCCAAAACCCCGAUAAUGGUGGCUGGGCGACAUACUUGGAGGAGGACCCUUCGCCGAUGGGGACUACAUUGGUCUAUAUUGCACUGCGACUCAUGGGGGUCCCGGCUGACGAUGAGCAUCUCCGCAAAGCCCGGGAAUUCUAUCUCGGCCACGGGGGCGCACUCUACCUGCCAGCCUGGGCCAAGUUCUGGCUUGCUAUGCUGGGACUGUAUGACUGGGCGGGUACUGACCCUUACCCUGUUGAGAUGUGGCUCCUGCCCGAAUGGUUUCCACUUAGCCCAUGGAAUUGGUUUGUAAUUCCACGCCAAGUUUACCUGCCAAUGUGUUACCUCUCAUCUCGAAGAUUUACAUUGUCAACCAAUGAUCUGUUAGAUGAGAUUCGGGCGGAGCUUUUUCCACAAGAAUUCUCCUCCGUUAAUUUCGCCGCAUAUGAAGGAGUAGUCCGCCCGUCCAAGCGGCAUCAAGCAAAGAGUUGGAUUCUGCACAUUCUGAAUUGGAUCCUUACCAAUGUGUGGGACCCGUGGCUCUGCCCCAGUUCAUUGAAGAGAAAGGCAGAAGAACAAGCGUGGGACAUCCUGCAAAACAUGAACAACGCUAGUAACUCGACUGGAAUCAUUAGUAUGGACGCUUGGCUGAACAUGAUUGCUGUCUACUGCGGUGAGGGGCCUAGCUCUCCCACUCUAAGGCGCAUGCAGGAAGCAAGCCUAGAAUAUCUUUGGAUGGGUUCGUCGGGAAUGCAGUCCAUGAGUAUCCAUGGGGGCCACGCGUGGGACACGUCCUUGGCGCUGCAGACGCUUGUGUAUACAGGGCUUGCCGAUGACCGUGAUUUCCGAAAUAACACCGUGCAAGCAUAUGAAUACUUGAUACAGCAGCAGCUCGUGGAUGACUGGGAUAAUGCUAAUAUCUGUCAUCGUCCUAGUCGUCUCGGAGCCUGGUCGUUUACGACCCGUUACCAUGGCAGUCCGUGCUCUGAUUGCACAGCCGAGUCACUGAAAGCCAUCUUGAUGGUCGAGAGUCAAUUGGGUUUACGACAAAUGAAGGAAGCUAACCUCCGUUUGGCAGUGGAUAAUCUUCUGAUGAUUCAGAAUGCCAGCGGGGGCUAUAGCAGCUUCGAGCCCAUAGCCGCGGGCAACUGGCUGGAGUACUUCAAUGGGACGGAGAUGUUUGGACAAGUAAUGACAGAACAUGACUACGUUGAGUGCACGUCCUCCUGUAUCACAGCACUGGCACUUUUUAGGGCUCGAAACGGCGAGUAUCGUCGCAACGAGGUGGAUCAAGCCAUUGACAGGGGGGUAAAAUUCGUCGAGACAAGUCAGCGAGAUGACGGGAGCUGGAUGGCUUCUUGGGGAAUUACGUUUACAUAUGGUGCUUUCUUUGCUAUGGAAGCCUUGCACUAUGGGGGCCGAACAUAUGAGAACUCCUCUGUGGUCAGAGCAGGAUGUCGGUUUUUGAUUGACAUGCGGGAGUCUGACGGAGGAUGGGGAGAAACAUUAGAGUCUCGUAUGAUCGGCAAAUAUGUACACGCACCUAGAUCACACACCGUCCAGACUGCAUGGUCCUGCCUCGCGUUGAUGUAUGCGAGAUAUCCCGAUCCGGAGCCUAUAAAACAAGGAAUUUGUCUUAUUAUCAGCCGACAGAAGCCGAAUGGAAAAUGGGAACAAGAGUAUCCCGUCGGCAGUGGCAUGCUCACAUGUCAUAUCCAAUAUCAUAACUACAUAUACUCUUUUCCAAUCCGGGCUUUGGCAAUGUAUGAGAGGCUGUAUGGAAAGGGGUACAAUGUAUAA